UGAGGCAGAGGACCUAAUGCGCUCAUAAUUAGGGUAUUAAAUCCCCUGUUGGAUCCGGCACUGUCACUGCGUCGCGGGCGGGUGGUCGCUCGGUUGGAUGCGUCCUGAGGUGUGGACAGGACCUACCCGCACAUCAUCACCAUCGUCACCAUCAUCAUCACAACCAUCAUCAUCACAGGUAUUUGAUCGUGAUUGUGUUGAGUACACCGGAGAUCUGGAGCCAUGACAGGCCCCCCGCUGGUCCCACAGCCCGCCUGCUGACGGUACCGGGCAGGAUGGGAGCAAGUCUGCCGCUUUCAGGAUCCCGAACCAGCCGAUUUAUCAAUGGAGGAAGAGAGUGACACCCGGAAAAUCAACAACAGCUUCCUUCGCGACCACAACUAUGCAACCGAAGCUGACAUUAUCUCAACGGUGGAGUUUAACUCAUCGGGGGAGCUGUUGGCCACCGGGGAUAAAGGAGGCAGAGUGGUUGUCUUCCAGAGGGAGCAGGAGAGUAAGAGCCAGCCCCAGCGUAGAGGGGAGUACAAUGUUUACAGCACAUUCCAGAGCCACGAGCCGGAGUUUGACUACCUGAAGAGUUUGGAGAUUGAGGAGAAGAUCAACAAGAUCAAAUGGCUUCCUCAGCAGAACGCCGCCUACUUCCUGCUAUCCACCAACGACAAGACAGUGAAGCUGUGGAAAAUCAGUGAGAGAGACAAGCGUCCGGAGGGCUACAACCUGAAAGACGAGGAUGGACGGAUCAGAAACCCGUCGACCAUCACCUCUCUACGGGUGCCGGUUCUUCAGCCUAUGGACUUGAUGGUCGAGGCUACAGCCAGGCGUGUAUUCAGCAAUGCCCACACCUACCACAUCAACUCCAUCUCUGUCAACUCCGACCUACAGACAUUCAUCUCCACUGACGACCUCAGGGUGAACCUGUGGAACCUAGAGAUCACAGAUCGCAGCUUCAACAUUGUGGACAUCAAGCCAGCCAACAUGGAGGAGCUGACGGAGGUGAUCACCUCAGCAGAGUUUCAUCCCCAGCAGUGUCACACCUUUGCCUACAGCAGCAGCAAGGGCUCGAUACGUCUGUGUGACAUGAGACAGGCCGCGCUGUGCGACAAACACUGCAAAUACUUUGAGGAGCCAGAGGAUCCCUCCACUCGCUCUUUUUUCUCCGAAAUCAUCUCAUCCAUCUCUGACGUGAAGUUCAGCCACAACGGGCGCUACCUGAUGACAAGGGACUACCUCACUGUCAAGGUGUGGGACCUUCAGAUGGAGAACAAACCACUAGAGACAUACCAGGUUCACGACUAUUUAAGAGGCAAACUUUGCUCUCUGUAUGAGAAUGACUGCAUCUUUGACAAGUUCGAGUGUGUCUGGAACGGAUCAGACAGCGUCAUAAUGACUGGCUCCUAUAACAAUUUCUUCCGAAUGUUUGACCGGAACACUAAACGUGACGUCACACUGGAAGCGUCCAGGGAGAACAGCAAACCCAGAGCCAUUCUCAAGCCUCGAAAGGUGUGUGUAGGUGGGAAGCGUCGUAAGGACGAGAUCAGCGUAGACAGCCUAGACUUCAGCAAGAAGAUCCUUCACACUACGUGGCACCCACACGAGAACAUCAUCGCUGUGGCGGCCACCAACAACCUCUACAUCUUCCAAGACAAGGUCAACUAAAGGGCAGUCUGCCCCUGCUGACUCCUGACCCCCACACGUGAAGGGCUGGGUUGGAGAAAGAGAGAGAUGGAGCCCUUAUCUACAUCCUUCUCCUCCUCUCCCUGUGUCUUGUUGCUGCCGCUCUUGAAUUUCGUAGCUCUGCAGAGGAAGUGCAGAGAUGAGUAUCCGGUGUGAAUUUUGGGAAGCGGGAAAUUUGUACGACCCGGAUACAAUUUGAGGAAAAUUGUUCCUCGGAAAUCAAAAUCAAGAAUGGACUUUCAUUCUUCAAUGUGACUUCUAAUUUAAUUUAUUUAGCCGUGCGGGCACCCGGAGAAGUGAAUCCUG